CCAGCAUCGGCAGGUGACGCCGACACACCCAUGACCGACGCCGCUGACGGUGCAGCCGGCACCGGAGUCGGUGCCGGAGGCGCCGACUGCACCGGCGACGGCGACGGCAUCCGCGUGAGCCUGGCAGCCCGCGUGGCGCCCACGUUUCGUUUCCCCGGCCUGGCCGACUACGCCUUCCUCCCCACCGACCCGGGGCUAGCCUCCCGCGACCGUAGCGCCAUGCCGUACGAGCAGCGGCCCGAUAAGGCCGAGCCCACCCGCACCCUGCAGCCGCUGCUGCUCAUCCCGCAGCUGUUCUCGUGGCUGGACCUGCCGCAGGACUACGCAUUCAAGCAGGUGCAGGCUAAGACGGUGUCGGCGAGCAAAGCGCCGCCUCCGCGCGUGGAGCCGCAAUGGGGCGAGUCGCCCCACAUCAGCUUCUACGCGGAGUCAGUGCCGCCGCCCGUGACACUCACCACAGCCGCGGCAGCGGCGGCAGCCGCCGCCGCCGCCGGAGGCGGCGGCGCCGCAGGCGCCGGCGGCGCGGCGGCCGCCAGCAGCAGCACCCUGGAGCCGGCUUCGCCGACGGCUGGCGCCGGUGAUGUGUCGGCGGCGUGGACCGCGGCCGCGGCUGCGGGGUUCAGCGAUGUGCGGGCGUACAGGUUGUUGGAGACGGAGGUGUGGCGGCUGCUGAGCAGCCGGCCGGUGUGGGGGCUGGAGCUGCUGCGGGAGCGGUGCGCCGGCGUGGCGGCCACGGCGGCGGCCAUGCAGGCGUCAGCGCGCGCCGCGGCGGCGGCGGCGGCGGCACCGGCCGGAGGCGGAGGUGGCGGCGGCGGGGAAGCGGGCGCAGGAGUGGGAGGCGGUGGUGGUGGCGGGGCGGCGGCUGGCAGCUCGGAGGCAGUGGAGAGUGCGGUGGAGAAGGUGGUGCAGCGGCUGAGCUACCGCUUCAAAACCGGCCCCUGGCGCGGCCUGUACAUCCGGCGCGGCUACGACCCGCGGGCCGAGGUGGAGUCGCGGCAGUACCAGGCCGUCAUCUACUCGCUGCCCAACAACUGGUAUCGCGUAUUGUUGCGGACGCGGAGAAAGACUUUGAAGGAGGCACAGAAGGCCGCAGCAUCAGCAGCGGCCGGCGCGGGCGCAGGAGCGGGUGUGGAGGGUGCGGGUGCCGGGGCCGACAAGGCGGCUGCAGGCGACAAGGCGGAGGCGGGGGCAGCUGGCGCGGAGGCGGGUGCGGCUGCGGCUGGCGAUGCCAAGGAGGGCGGCGCGGCGCCGGUGCCCGCGGCCGCGGCGGCCGCUGUAGUGGUGCCGGAGAUUCCUGCGGCGCUGUUGCCAACGUGCAUGGACGAUCUACACAACUUCCGCGCUCUGCCCACCCAGCAGAGCAGCACCUUCCAGCUGUGUGACCUGCAGCUGCCCGACGUGGCGGCCGUGCUGCAGACACCGCCGCCCGGCGAGGAUGCACGUUGCAGCGAGAAGACCGGCUGGCUCACCAACGCCCAACUCUCAGCCAUCCAGGCCGCGGUACAGCAGCGCUUCCUCACACUCAUGCGCCAGCACGCCCCCUCCGGAGCCGACAAGGCCGCCACCGCGGGUGCUGGCGGCGCCGCCGACGGCGAGGGCGACGUCGAGAUGGCAGACGCGGGGACGCCAGCUGGCGGCGGCGCCGCCGCCGCCGGCAACCGCGCAGCGGCGGCGGCGCCGCCGCCAGCCGCCGCCGCCGGCGGCACCGGGGCCGGUGACGAGGCGCUGCGCGCCCUCAUGGAGCAGAUGAAUCUGCACGCCGCCGCCGGUGGCGGCGCCGACGGCGCCGCCGCGGCGGCGGCGGCGGCCGUGGCGGCGUUGUUUGGCGAUGACGAGGAUGAGGAGUUCCGGCUGUUGGAUGAGGACGUGGAUGAGGACGCCGUGGACAAAGCCGCCGCCGGCGCUGCCGCCGACACGGACGCCGAGGGCGGCGGCGGCGGCGCGACGGACUUCGAAGAUGAGGAGGACGACGAGGACGAUGAAGAAGAUGAAGAAGAGGAGGACGAGGAGGCAGCGGGGCAGCGGCGCGGCCGGCGGCGGCGCGGCCGCCGCGGGCAGGCGGCAGGCGGCGGCGGCGGCGCAGCCGCCGGCGGCGUGGCUGGCGGCGGGGCCGGCGGUACGGAAAGCGCGUACGAAUCGGAGUUCGACAUGGGGACGUACUACGACGACGAUGACGAUGAGGGCUAUCUGACAGACAUGGGGCCGGGGCCUUCGACGGGCCUCAGCGGCGGCGCCGGGGAGUACGGGCGGCAGACGGUGCCCUUCGACGGCGGCGCUGGCGGCGGCGGGGGUUCAAGGGCCGGCGCGGCUGGGCAUGAUGGCGGAGAGGGCGGCGGCGAGGAUGAACAGGACUUGGGCGGAUUGUUUGGAAGUGAGGAUGGGGAUGAGUACUGAGCAAUUUGAAGUAAGCACGGACUGUUGGAAGGAUACGUGCUGGAUGCUGAAUGAGACAAUCGGUGUGUUUUCAGGUGGUUGCAUACUCGCAUUGCCAGGCAUUGUGGCUUUUGACGUGGGACUCGCUGUUAGUUCCGUGGGAGGCUUGACCUGAAGUUGUCAGGACUCAAAUGCGACUCAGCCUUCCGCUGUCGUGGAUCAGUGAUCGUGAAUCUCGCGGAUUGGAGAGGCGCCGUGACAUGCACAUUCAUGCAUGGUUGGCACGCCUUGCAGCAAGGCGUGGGGCGUGGCUCCCUCGGGAGCGAAGCUGUAGCUUUGGCCAAGAAGCAUAGACAUGAAGAACCUGAUUAUG